UGUCAUUGGCUCUGUUUGUGUACUACUUUCCUAGCGAUUUUGGAUUACCGUCAUUGUUUUUGAUUUAUCGCUAUGAAAUUAUAUUCAGAGAGGUAACCGCCUGGACGAGGUGGGUAAUUAACAUAAAGGAGGAGCCGCAGUCUUCUACCCCUUCCCAUUUGUCAUCAGGUGUCUGUCGGAGAGAGGUCUUCUUUGGGAAGCAAAGCGCAGUAAUUGUCUGACGUCUUGUUGCAAGCAUUUGAUCUGCCUUCAAGAAAAAACGAGGGACUUCUUAUUUCUGGAGAGAGAGAAGAGCAGCGAAGGGUUGGUCCUGGAUGUCGCAGACGUGCCCGUUCUCAUCUCGCUCAAAUCAGCUUCGAUAGCGUUUCGCGGACUUGGAAGUUGGAUUUAAAACACUGUGGUCUUCCGACUUUCAGUGACAAGAUGAUGGAUGUCUAGGAGGAAAUCAAUACCUUUCUGCUGAGGUCCUGCGGUAAAAAGCUUUUGCAUGAAUGGCUUGCAACCCAAGCUGUAAAUAGUUAUUCUCACAGUCCCACCUGAACUGAUCGGGCUUUACAGGGCAGUCGGUGCAUCUAUGUAUGCAGUGCGUGUAUAUAUAGCCAUACAUAUCUCUGAUAUGUUUAACUCUGUGACAAAACCACUGCGGUACCAGUGAUCCAGUCACGACCAGUGUGCGGCACUUGCGUUGGCUGAAGAAGUGACUUUAUUUCAAGCUACUGCUUACUGCUCACACGGCAGAACGACUCAAGACAUCGGCAUCAAAGUGUGUGCAAGGAUAUGUAAUUUAUUUAUUUAAAAACAUCCAUUCCAUUUAGAGAACCAACAGGUUAUUUCUCCGAUUCAUGUUAGUUACUUCGUGGUAGUUUACAUCGCCUCUUUAAAAAAAGGAAAAAGGAAAAAAAAACUCACUGACCUCAGUUUACCAUAAAUAAAGCUCUUUGUAUCGCGUACAGAGCAUUUACUGCUGAAAAUGUGCAUAUUUCGGAUCGCAACGCUUUCUCUGGGACUGUUGCUGGUGGGUUUUAGCGCGGUGGAGACCCAGCCGUGCCCGGCACAGUGCUCGUGCUCCGGGACCACGGUGGAUUGUCACGGACAAGGAUUGCGCAACGUGCCGCGAAAUAUCCCCAGGAAUACAGAGCGAUUGGAUCUGAAUGCAAAUAACCUCACAAGAAUUACUAAAUCUGAUUUUGCUGGAUUGAGGCAUCUCAGAGUAUUGCAACUCAUGGAAAAUAAGAUCAGUACUAUAGAGCGAGGAGCAUUCCAAGACCUCAAGGAGCUGGAGAGACUACGCCUGAAUAGGAAUAAUCUUCAAGUCUUUCCUGAACUGCUGUUCCUGGGGACAAUGAAGCUCUACAGACUAGACCUGAGUGAGAACCAGAUUCAAGGUAUUCCUCGGAAGGCCUUCAGAGGAGCAGUAGACAUCAAAAACCUGCAGCUGGAUUACAACCAGAUCAGCUGCAUCGAGGAUGGAGCUUUCAGGGCUCUCCGUGACCUGGAAGUGCUCACACUUAACAACAACAACAUCACCCGUCUGUCGGUGGCCAGCUUCAACCAUAUGCCCAAGCUCAGGACUUUCCGCUUGCACUCCAACAACCUCUACUGUGACUGUAACGUGGCCUGGCUCUCUGAUUGGCUGCGGCAGAGACCACGCCUCGGGCUCUACACCCAGUGCAUGGCACCCCCCCACAUGCGCGGCCACAAUGUGGCCGAGGUGCAGAAGAAGGAGUUUGUGUGCACGGCAGGUCACCACUCGUCCUCCUCCUGCAGCGUCCUGCAGUGCCCGGACUCCUGCACCUGCAGCAACAACAUCGUGGACUGCAGAGGCAAGGGCCUGACCGAGAUCCCCACCAACCUCCCGGAGACCAUCACGGAGAUCCGCCUGGAACAGAAUGCAAUCAAGGUCAUUCCUCCAGGAGCGUUCUCUCCGUACAAAAAGCUGAGAAGAAUAGACCUGAGUAACAACCAGAUUUCGGAACUCGCCCCGGAUGCCUUCCAAGGCCUGCGGUCCCUCAACUCUCUAGUGCUGUAUGGAAACAAAAUUACGGAACUCCCAAAAGGGCUGUUCGAGGGACUGUUCGCUUUGCAAUUACUGCUUCUCAAUGCCAACAAGAUUAAUUGCCUGCGUGUGGACGCGUUUCAAGAUCUUCACAACCUGAACCUGCUCUCUCUGUAUGACAACAAACUCCAGACCAUUGCCAAAGGAACCUUCGCAUCACUCCGAGCAAUCCAAACACUGCACUUGGCCCAGAACCCGUUUAUCUGCGACUGUCAUCUGAAGUGGCUGGCCGACUACCUCCAGGACAACCCAAUCGAGACGAGCGGCGCCCGCUGCACCAGCCCCCGCCGGCUGGCCAACAAGAGGAUCGGGCAAAUCAAGAGCAAGAAAUUCCGUUGCUCAGGCACGGAGGAUUACAGGUCCAAGCUGGGGGGCGACUGCUUCGCGGACCUCGCCUGUCCGGAGAAGUGCCGGUGCGAGGGGACCACGGUGGACUGCUCCAAUCAGAAGCUGACACGAAUCCCGGACCACAUUCCGCAGUACACGGCUGAGCUUCGUCUCAACAACAAUGAGUUCACAGUUUUGGAAGCAACUGGGAUCUUCAAGAAACUCCCCCAGCUACGGAAAAUAAACCUGAGUAACAAUAAGAUCACAGACAUCGAGGAGGGUACGUUCGAGGGGGCGGCUGGGGUGAACGAGCUGAUUCUUACCGGAAACCGCCUGGAGAACGUCCAUUUCCGAAUGCUCAAGGGCCUUAACGGGCUGAGAACGCUGAUGCUCCGAAGCAAUCGGAUCAGCUGCGUGAGCAACAGCAGCUUCACCGGGCUCAGCUCCGUCCGCCUGCUCUCCCUCUACGACAACCAGAUCACCAGCAUGACCCCGGGAGCCUUCGACACCCUCCAUUCGCUGUCCACCCUGAAUCUCUUGGCCAAUCCCUUCAACUGCAACUGUCACCUGGCCUGGCUGGGGGAGUGGCUAAGGAAAAAGAGGAUUGUCACGGGUAACCCCCGAUGCCAAAACCCAUAUUUCCUGAAGGAGAUCCCCAUUCAGGAUGUGGCCAUUCAGGACUUUGCUUGCGAUGAUGGCAACGAUGACAACAGCUGCUCCCCGCUGGCGCGCUGCCCGGCAGAGUGUACCUGCCUGGACACAGUGGUGCGAUGCAGCAACAAAGGUCUGAAGGCCCUGCCCAAGGGCAUCCCCAAGGAGGUGACAGAGCUGUAUCUGGAUGGAAACCAGUUCACCCAGGUUCCAAAGGAACUCUCUAAUUACAGGCACUUAACACUUAUUGAUUUAAGUAACAACCAGAUCAGCACCUUGUCCAACCAAAGCUUCAGUAACAUGUCUGAACUGCUAACGCUAAUCUUGAGCUACAAUCGACUGCGGUGCAUACCUGUAAGAGCAUUCGAUGGCUUAAAAUCUCUUCGGCUGUUGUCUCUUCAUGGAAAUGACAUCGCAGUGAUUCCUGAGGGAGCCUUCCAAGACCUCUCUGCUCUGUCCCACCUAGCCCUUGGUGCCAACCCCCUCUACUGUGACUGUAACAUGCAGUGGCUUUCAGAGUGGGUGAAGUCUGGGUACAAAGAGCCUGGCAUCGCUCGCUGCGCCGGCCCCGGAGAGAUGACGGACAAGCUGCUUCUCACCACACCAUCCAAAAAGUUCACCUGUCAAGGGCCAGUUGACAUGACUAUUCUUGCCAAGUGUAACCCGUGCUUGUCAAACCCAUGUAAAAACGAUGGAACUUGCAACAAUGACCCAGUGGAUUUCUACAGAUGCACUUGUCCGUAUGGGUUUAAGGGCCAGGACUGUGACAUUCCCAUCCAUGCCUGUAUCAGUAACCCGUGUCAGAAUGGAGGAACGUGCCACCUGAAAGAGGGAGAAGAGAACAGCUUUUGGUGCGUGUGCGCAGAUGGAUUUGAAGGGGAAGCGUGUGAGAUCAACAUCGAUGACUGUGAUGACAAUGACUGUGAGAACAAUUCUACUUGUGUCGACGGGAUCAACAACUACACCUGCCUCUGCCCUCCUGAAUACACAGGUGAACUGUGUGAGGAGAAGCUGGAUUUCUGCGCCCCCGAGGUGAACCCCUGCCAGCACGACUCCAAGUGCAUCCUGACGCCCAAGGGAUACAAGUGUGAAUGCACGCCUGGGUACGUUGGUGAGCAGUGCAACGUGGAUUUUGACGACUGUCAGGAGAAUAAGUGUAAAAAUGGCGCUCAGUGCAUUGACGCUGUGAACGGCUACACCUGCGUGUGUCCUGAAGGCUACAGUGGCUUGUUUUGUGAGUUCUCCCCGCCGAUGGUCCUCCCGCGGACCAGCCCCUGUGACAACUUUGAGUGCCACAACGGCGCGCAGUGCUUUGUGAUGGACACGGACCCGGAGUGCCGCUGCCUGCAGGGCUACCAGGGUGACAAGUGCCAGAACCUCGUCAGCGUCAACUUCGUGGACCGGGAGUCCUACCUCCAGAUCCCCUCAGCGCUCAUCAGCUCCCACGCCAACAUCUCUCUGCAGAUUGCCACAGAUGAAGACAAUGGAAUUUUGCUCUACAAAGGAGACAACGACCACAUUGCCGUGGAGCUCUACAGGGGACGGCUACGUGUGAGCUAUGACACUGGAUCAUACCCACCUUCUGCUAUUUACAGUGUAGAGACCAUCAAUGACGGGAGCUUCCAUGUGGUGGAGCUGGUGGCCUCAGACCAGACGCUGUCAUUGUCCAUCGACGGCGGCAGCCCCAAGUCCAUCAACACCCUGUCCAAGCAGUCCACACUCAGCGUCAACUCCCCCCUCUACGUGGGAGGUAUGCCGGUGAAAACCAACGUGGCCGCGCUGCGCCAGGGCACCGGGCAGAAUGGCACCAGUUUCCACGGCUGCAUCCGGAACCUGUACAUCAACAACGAGCUGCAGGACCUGGCCCAGUUCCAGCUGCAGGCCGGCAUCCUGCCCGGGUGCGAGCCCUGCCAGAAGAGCGUGUGCGCGCACGGGACCUGCCACGCCACCGGCCAGUCCAGCUUCACCUGCGACUGCGAGGGCGGCUGGACGGGGCCCCUCUGCGACCAGCAAGCUAACGACCCCUGUCAGGGCAACAAGUGUGUGCACGGGACGUGUCUGCCCAUCAACGCCUUCUCCUACAGCUGCAGGUGCCAGCCGGGCUUCUCGGGGGUGCUGUGCGACGAGGAGGAGGAGGUCUUUAACCCCUGCCAGUCCAUCAAGUGCAAGCACGGCAAGUGCAGGCUGUCGGGCCUGGGCAAGGCCUACUGCGAGUGCAACAGCGGGUUCACCGGAGAGGGCUGCGACAGAGAAAUCGCUUGUCGAGGAGAACGGGUCCGAGAUAACUAUCAGAAGCAGCAGGGGUACGCUGCGUGCCAGACAACCGAAAAGGUCUCGCGGUUAGAGUGCCGUGGGGGGUGUGAGGGCGGACAGUGCUGUGGGCCGCUGCGGAGCAAGCGCCGGAAAUACACCUUCGAGUGCACCGACGGCUCGUCCUUCGUGGAGGAGGUGGAGAAAGUCCUGAAGUGCGGCUGUACAAAAUGUCCAUCGUAA